AUGAAGCUCCUCCAGAUCGCCCUUUCUGGGCUUAUGUGUAUGACCGCACUUGCCGCCGUCGACUUGCCUGUUUGGCGCAACAUUCCCGGACGCAGCUUCCACUGCGACCCCAAGAACAAUGCCGUCGUAUCUUGCAGGGUCGACGACACUUGCAACCUCGUCAAGAAGUGCAGUGACUACAAUCUUAGCCUACAGUGCUUGGACAACGGCAUGGCCGUCUCGUGUGCUGAAACUCAGCUCGGUGGCAUCGACGAGGUCGCCAUGGCCGGUAUCAAGGCGAGGGUUGCGGUCCCCCAGGAGAACAAGAAGUACAUCUGCUCUUCAGACCGUGCGAGUAUCUUGAUCUGCAGGUACGGUUUCUGUUCGACGGACAAGUACUGCAAGAAGGGCGCCGAGUGCUGGGAUGACUGUACGUGCUGCAAGGGCAAGCAUACGCGUCGGGAUGUGAACAAAGCCAUCGAGACUGGCGGCGUCAUCCCAGUCAAGAGCGUUGGGCGCAACCUGGAUGAUGAGGUUUACGAAUGUGAUUCAAACACCUGUGAUCACGACCUGAAACGAUCUGCUCCAGAGGAUUUCCUCUCGACCGCCGAGGCUGUUCCUGAAUAA